AUGUCUGUAUGUAGCCUUUGCCGAACAUUUGGAAAUAACCUAGAUUGCAGUGUCGAAAUUGCUAAAGAAAUCAAGACCUUUAGUAUUCAAAUCAUUGGUGACCGUCUUACAUUGUUUUCAGUCUCUCUCAUAGGCAAAGAGAAGUUUCUGGCCGUUGAAUUGGUUUCUUGCUUGAUUCCAUUUUCAUUUGAUACAAUUCAUUACUAUGCAAAAAUAUUUAAUUUCUUCAUGACAAUUCGAACAGAGUUUGUGAAUCAGGAGAAGUUACGGAGAAAAAUGUAUUCUUCCGCUCCAGUUGACAAUUCUGAAAAGAUACGAGAUUGGUUGCUAUUACCUGAUGAUUACUUUUUCUAUGACCUAAAACCUGUACCAGAGGAUAUAGAUGAAGUUGCAAUAUGA